AUGGCCAAACGGUUGCGAAAGCGUACCUCGAAAAAGGCGCGCCCGAGUCAGGCCAUAGAGCAGGAUGAUGAUCGCGGAAGAGAACAUGUCAAUGAGAAAACAGCUCUAGAGCAGCCAGAAAUUCGUAAGGAAUCUUCGGUGCAGGCUUCUGAGCCGAGUCGCGAGCCUCAGCAGGAAGCAGAGCCGCAGCACGGCACUAUUUCCCAAGAUACACCAAUUCAUGAGAGCAGCGACGCUUCGAAGAAGCGGAAGCGCUCUCGUAAACGCAAGCGUUCGAAUGUGCCGCACCCUGGCCCGGAUCCCGAAGGUAUGGAGGAAUUGAGUGAGCCUGCCAAAAAGGCCAUUGCUUAUACCCAACAAUAUCUUUGUGACAAAGAUGCGUGGAAAUUUUCCAAGCAGCGUCAAAAUUGGCUGCUUCGGCAUAUGAUGUGGUCUCCGCAGCUAUACGAGAUCGGUCAAGAGCUCUCUGGUGCUUCACAGGCUCAUGUGGAAGAGAGUAUGCGGCCACUUAUUCCACCCACGUUGCCAUUACCGGACCCCGGCUCAUGGAUUUCGGAUGAGCAUGUAUCUGUGGUGGCUGCUUACCUCGCGAGUAUUAUGGGACUAGCCAAACAACGCAUGGUAGAAUCACUGCAAGCUGCUGCCCAAGCUACCGCAGCACCUUCUCUCGACAUGGCUCCCCCAGCGGAGGGUGACCAAGAGGUGGGUGAGACGCAAGAAGCAGCUUCCAGAAUCUCUUCACUCGUGGCUUCCUGGCAGGAGCUACGAAAAGUGCGUGCCUCACAAUUCUUAGAAUGGAUUCAGGCGCUAGAUCAGGCCUAG